GACGCUAGGAGUUUUCUUCUUCCCCGCUUCCCGUCAUGUCAUUCUUAGCCUAGUUUUUCUUUUUACGAUAAAUACGGCAGUUGCCCGUAAAUUUAUUCUCGUAAUGGCUGCCACGCUAAAUGUGUAGCUAUUGGUUAUGUCAUGUCAAAAGUUGUUUCGGAUGGGUGUGAUAAACGUAUAACUCAAAAAGUGUUACGAACAAUAACUUUAUGAAAGCUGUUGAAGUAGCAUUCUCCCUGGAACGUUUCUUCUUUCAUGUUUCCUUUUUAGGCAAUUAAGUUGUGGACUCGGCGUUUGUGUAAUAUAUGUAAUAAAAACAUAAUCUAUGCUGCGUGAAAAGUGUACAUCGGGACCAUAUUGAGUGUCAAGUGCAUUGAGGAUAGCCAAAAUGACGGAUGUGAGAUCUUCGUCAGCUCUGUUCAAGAGAGCGGAGCAGUUAAAAAGAUGGGAGGAAUCCGACACCAACAAACAGUCGUCGAUGCCAAAGAGAGCGUCCAGGAUACAAUUCUCAUCUGAGAUCGUGUUUCUAGCGGCAUGUACUGCAGGGGACAAGGAUGAAGUACUGAGACUUCUGAAAAUGGGUGCAGACAUAAACACGGCGAACGUGGACGGCUUGACGGCUUUGCACCAGGCUUGUAUCGAUGACAACCUCGAGAUGGUCGAGUUUUUGGUGGAACAUGAAGCUGAUGUGAACCGCGGGGACAACGAAGGCUGGACGCCAUUACAUGCCACUGCAUCGUGUGGAUUUCUCAGUAUAGCUAGGUACCUCAUUGACAACGGCGCCGAUGUUGCGGCCGUGAACUAUGACGGAGAACUGCCUUUGGACAUUGCAGAUACUGCAAAAAUGAAGGAUCUCUUGGAAAAAGUUAUCAUAGAAAAUGGUAUUAAUUGUCAUAAAUCAAGACAUGCGGAAGUUGAUGCACUGACGCGUGACGCGGAAAAUUGGGCGAAGAACGGUUACGUUGAAGUGAGGGAUCCAAAGACGGGUGGUACACCAUUGCACGUCGCGGCGGCGAAGGGAUAUUAUGAUGUGGCAAAAAUACUCCUAGAGAAGUGCAACGUUGAGCCAAACUGUGUUGAUUACGAGGACUGGACACCACUGCACGCUGCAGCGCUUUGGGGCCAAAAGGACGCUGCGGAGUUGUUAUUAAAACAUGGUGCAGAUCCGAAUUUGAAAAACUACUCGGGACAAACCUGUUUGGAUCUCGUGGACCCGUCGAUAUCUGCGUGGUUCGCUAAAGCUUCACUGGAAGCGCCGCGCCGUAUCAACAACAACAACAACAAUAAUAACAACAAACGCAAGAGGAGUCCACCACGACACGACGUCAAGAGGGUCGAACUAGAAAUUACUGGCAAUACAGAUAAUGUUAUUAACGACAAACCGGCAAGUGCGCCGGAGAUCAUCCCCAAGGUGUCGGACGGCAAGCCGCCGAAGGGCCGCGCGCCCUCCCCCGAGUCUGCGGAACCCGUCGCAGAUAACGAGGCGAUGGACGAGGCGCCGUCGUGGCGACGCUCCGCCUCCUUCCGUAACAGGCAGCAAGAUAAUGGACGUGACAACAAGCCCACAAACAACAACGUGGACAGUGAUACAAUACUCAGAAGAACACACAGCUUUGAAAAUGAUAAGACUUUCUAUCAACGAUACCGAGACGUGACGGCGCGUAUAAAGGCGUCCUCGUGUCCGUCUAUACCGCCAGUGCCGCAGUCGACGUUGGCUUCAAUCGAGCUAAGAAAAAAACAAAGUCUGGAGGCUACUAACAAUGCGGCUGACACUACUAACGAGGAUGUUCCGACCAGAACAAAUGCGGAUAGAAGAGAAAGAGAAGUAAACACGUGGAGUUCGCCGGCCACUACCAGUCCCACCGCCGCUUCUACCACCACCACGCAGACUAUUAGGAGCUCCGCGGAGAGCGUAGAGUCGAACAGUAGCAAUUCAACACCGAGCUCGGCAACCCCUACCAAACUGUCGCCUGGGAACAUAUUCAAGAAUUUCUUCAAGUCCUUCGUACCGCCAGUGCGUGAUGAGGAGAGCGAGACACAGAGGAAGGUGCACGCAAAGCGUGUUAGAGAGACGCGGCGCUCCACACAGGGCGUGACACUCGACGAGCUAAAGUCAGCCGAGCAACUGGUGAAGAAGAAAGCUGGUAAUGGAACUACUGAAGCUUCGUCGCCGACCAAGGCGAAUGUUAAUUCCAUCGCUGAUUCAUUCGAGUUGGAAGACGCGGAGCAGUCAUCGCCGCGUACCACGGCGCCGCCCGCCGCUGAGGCGACGGUUCUGCUGCGCCGCCCGCCCUCCGCCUCUACCGCCAACACCACUGCCGCCGCCCCUGCCAUUACUAACACGCACGUCACUUCGUUGCCGAAUGACGAGAUCCGUCCUAGUGAAGAGGAAAAGGAACGCGAAAGCAGUGCAGAGAGCAAAUCCUCGUCCUCGCCGUCGAGUACGCAAGCGGCGCUCAACGUCAUCCAGCGCAGACGACGGCCGAAACGACGUUCCACCGGAGUCGGUCACGUCGAUAUGGACGAUAUCGUUAAUGACCGCGGUGGAGGCGGCGAAGGCGACGGGGACUCAGAAAAUGUUCAAAAUAUAUUAGAAGAUAUCAGCAGAUAUCUCAAGAGAUAUAAGCGCAAACGUUCUUUUUUAAUCGCGACGUCUGGCACCGAGCGUACAGAGGAUGGCGAGGAGAAGGAUUAUAAAGCUCUUUAUGAGGCGUCACAAAGCGAGGUCCGGCGCUUACGAUCGUUGCUGACGACGUCCGAGCAACAGUUGCGCAACGCUCGCGCCACAAUCGCCAGACUGUCGCAAGUGAACCAGAAUUCGCUGUCCGAGAUAGAGAAGCGAGAAAAAAGAGCAAUGGAGAGGAAGUUGUCUGAAAUGGAGGAAGAAUUGAAGCAAUUGCAAAAACUAAAAGCCGAGAACGAAAGGCUGAGGGCUGAGAACCGUGCUCUUACGCGGGUCGUCAGCAAAUUGACGAACUCUGCCGCCAAAUAGCAUCAGCAAACGUUGCAGGCAGAGAACCAGCGAUUGAAGGACGAGAAUGGCGCGUUAAUACGAGUAAUCAGCAAACUGUCCAAGUGAGAGUACGGACCUAUAGUGUAUUACUUUCGUUUCCUAAAAUACAUUGUUUGUAUAUAUAUAUAUAUAUAUAUAUAUACCUUUGAGAACUAUACAAAUCACAAUAUUAUAAAAAAAAUAAUGUUAUAUCAAUGUUGAUGUUACAAGUAGAUUGUACUUUUCCUAAGUAAUUUAAUUUGUUCAAAUGUGGUGACCCAUCACUUCAUAUUUACUCAUAGAUAACCCAAUGUAUUGUGCAUGUUGUAUCCCGUUAAUUUUAACAGUUACGUCAUUGAUUUGUCAUUUUACCUUAUUUUUUAUCAUUUUUCUUUGCGUCACAGUCGGAACUGAAAGAUUUAUUAGAGAAGAAAGAUUAUAUUUUAUUUAUUACAGUUAAUGUUAUAUAAGAAUCAUUCACAAGUAUAUUUAGAUUAGCUAAUGUGUAGGACAUAAUGUAAUAAUUAAUAAAAAGUGAUUUGUUUAAUUGAAAUUAUUUUUGGUAGUAGUUUGGUGUAUUGACAGGUUAUUAUUGCUUAUUUAAAAACCACAAACCACAUUUUGCUUUCGAUAAUAUUUAUAAAUAUACAUACAAUGUUUAAAUUAAUCUAAUGAUUAAUGAAAAUAUUUUUUUAAUUUGUUAUACUUCAUUAUACUAACAUUCGGCGUCCAAUCAAAUUAAAUAAUAUAAAUUCUAUGAUUUUAAAUAGACAAGAGAGUAUUUUUUUUUCAUGAGUUCACACACUUAUUUAUUCAUAUUGUCAAUGGAAUGAAGUUAAAUUAGUCCAACAAAUUAAAUUAAAUAUUGUAGUUCUCGUACUGCUAAAUGAAUUUAAUUUUGGUAGUGUUUAGUUGAAAAUGUAUUUUUUCGAUGAUAAUGGUAAAUUUAUAAAACAAUAUAUAUAGUUAUUGAAUGAAAAAUAUUCAAAGAGAGUGUGUUUUUGUUCAUGCAUUUGCACUAUAAAUCACUCUCACUCUCUUCGUGGGAAUGAAGUAAAUGAUUAGACCAACUAAUAAAAUUUUAUGUUUCCCGUUUCUAAACAAAUUUAAAUUAUUGUAGGCUUUUUUUUUGCAUGAAUAUGAUAUAAUAUCGCAACCUAUUGCAUAAUAGUAAAGCAAUGAAUUAUUUAAUAACUUAUAUAGUAUAAAUUGUACCUAUUAAAUGAAAUAUUAUUCCGAGAGUGUGUUUUUGUGCAUGCGUUUACACUCUUAAUUAUACAUUAUUUACAAUUAUGUUUGUUGUUCAUGAGAAUGAAGUAAAAAAAGUUUAGACAAAUUAAAUUAAAUUUUAUAGUUCCCACAGUAAAUGAAUUUGGGCUGUAUGUCGUUUUAUGUGUUUCCUUUCUAUGACAUUGAAUUACAUCACAAUUUAUAGCAUAAUAUUAAUUAUCAAUCAAUUCAAAUAUUUUUUUUUCAUACAUUAUUUAGUCAACUUAAAUAGUUUAAAUUGUACGAUAAGAGAUAGUAUUCCAAGAGAGUGCCUUUUCACUCUUUUAUUUGUUAAUUAUUUUGAUGUGAAUAAAGUAAGAGAUUAGUUAAACAAAUAUUGUAAUACAAUGAUGCAAUACUAUAUGCAUAAUAAUGUCAUCUUAGGGCCGUUUUCAAUAACCUACCCAAGAUUACGGACAGAUAGCUAUCCUCGAUUAUCAGUAACAGUCAAAUUAUCUUUACAUAGUCAAACUAUCUGUCAGUAGAUUAUUGAAAAGCAGAUAAGAACAGAAAGAUAGAUUUUCUUAACUUUAGUAAGCGAAAUGGCGGAUAGAUAGGUUAUUGAAAACGGCCGUUAGUAUUUUUGAGGAAGGUGUUUCAAUAGAGAUUCUGUUGAAUCUUUGUUUUCAGUCAACCAGUAACAUUUACAUGGCAUUCAGUACUUAAGUCAUUUUGUCGGUAUUAUAUUUCAUUAAUUUAAUGCCAGCUUAAUUUCUGCCAGACUAUGGGUAUCAAAUAUAUAAUAUAUAUUUGAGUUUAAUCCGUUCCCAAAAUAGCGUUUGUAUGUUUAUAUUCCUAAACCAUGUAAGUGUAAAGUAGAUUAGAAUUUAAUUACUUUUUAUAUAUAGCCUGAGGGCGUUAUCGGUACCUAGUUAAUACAUAUAUAUACAUAAAGUAUACGUAUAUAUCUCGAAUUACGUAUAUUGUAAUGCAUGUAUAGCAUGUUUUGUCUAAACAAUUAAUUUGUGAAAUGAUUGGAAAUGUGAUAUAUUGAAGUUGAUUAAAUCCUUGAACAAGUGUAUUAAUUUUAAUAUUAUGGAGAAUUAUCAUGUUUUUUUAUAAAUAAUGUAAAAGUUUAUGAUAAUUCAUUUGUAUUGUAAAGUAUGAUUGGUUAGUCUUAGGUAUGUUGGGCAAGUCAGAUCGUUAAUUAAUAUAUUUUCAAUACAUUUGUUCGUAAAUUCGAUUUCAGAAACUACAACUACACAAUUCUGUGUAAUGAGGCUAGAUUUGAUACAUGUUAUGAAGAUUUACGAAACAUUAUUGUUUUCUUUAGAAUAUUAGUAGAUAAAAAUAAUCUACAGAAAAGAUUACUAUGAAAUAUAAAUUUUAGCAGCUUCUUUUACACAUUACAAUAUAAACAUUUUAUUAUGUUCUAUUUGUUAUCAGUUCUUACGAUAUGUAAACUAUUUCACCAUUUUCAUUUUAGGCUCCAUUUAUUUCAACUCCGCAAUAAUUAGAAAAAUAUAUAUUUUGUUGUUCGUUGUAUAAAACAUUAAUUUAAAUAUAUGUAAUGUUUGUUAUUCUUUAAAGAUCAUGUUUUGAACAUACUUGUUUAAAAGUAGCCGACAAGCUUGACACUAUAACAUUUCAAAUUCUUUGAAAUAUGAUUAGUGUCAAGUGCUAUCUAGAAGUUUCUAGAAUAUAUAUAUAUUUUUUACAUUCAAAUGUAUUGAAAAAAUGCAUUAAAUAACAAUUAUAUCGAUCUAUACGUAUAACUUGCACUUUAAUGUAAUGUAUUAAAGAUCGUUUUGUAGACAUAACUAGUAAGCCUUUAUGAUUUAAAUAAUUUAUUUGGUUAAACAAAAUAAAUAUGUUCAUUGUCUA